AUGGCUGCCAUAAAGGGAGGUUUCCAGGAGCAUGCCUCGCCAAUCUGUUUAUUACUUGAAAAUCUCCUUCAAACUGGCAUUUCCACAAGAUCUGGUCUGACCAUCACUUUCCAUACUUGGAGUUUCAGGGAUAUCAUUUUCAAUGCCCAAUACCCAGAGCUGCCCCCCGAUUUUAUCUUUGGAGAGGAUGCUGAGUUCCUGCCAGACCCCUCAGCCCUGCAGAACCUUGCCUCCUGGAAUCCUUCAAAUCCUGAAUGUCUCUUGCUUGUGGUGAAGGAGCUUGUGCAACAGUAUCACCAGUUCCAAUGUAGCCGCCUCCGUGAGAGCUCUCGCCUCAUGUUUGAAUACCAGACAUUACUGGAAGAGCCACAGUAUGGAGAGAACAUGGAAAUUUAUGCUGGGAAAAAAAACAACUGGACUGGUGAAUUUUCAGCUCGUUUCCUUUUGAAGUUGCCGGUGGAUUUCAGCAAUAUUCCCACAUACCUCCUCAAGGAUGUAAAUGAAGACCCUGGAGAAGAUGUGGCCCUCCUUUCUGUCAGUUUUGAGGACACUGAAGCUACCCAGGUGUACCCCAAGCUGUACUUGUCACCCCGAAUUGAGCAUGCACUUGGAGGCUCCUCAGCUCUUCAUAUCCCAGCUUUUCCGGGAGGAGGAUGUCUCAUUGAUUAUGUUCCUCAAGUAUGUCACCUGCUUACCAACAAGGUGCAGUAUGUGAUUCAAGGAUAUCACAAAAGAAGAGAGUACAUUGCUGCUUUUCUCAGUCACUUUGGCACAGGUGUCGUGGAAUAUGAUGCAGAAGGCUUUACAAAACUCACUCUGCUGCUGAUGUGGAAAGAUUUUUGUUUUCUUGUACACAUUGACCUGCCCUUGUUUUUUCCUCGAGACCAGCCGACUCUCACAUUUCAGUCUGUCUAUCACUUUACCAACAGUGGACAGCUUUACUCUCAGGCCCAAAAAAAUUAUCCAUACAGCCCCAGAUGGGAUGGAAAUGAAAUGGCCAAAAGAGCAAAGGCUUAUUUCAAAACCUUUGUCCCUCAGUUCCAGGAGGCAGCGUUUGCCAAUGGAAAGCUCUAGGAAACACCAGUGUUGAGAGGGGGCCAGCCAGACUGCUCGGUCCACAUGCGUGUCAGCACACACGGCGCUUCCUGGAAUGCCCUCAUGGCAGCGUCCUGCUCACACAGCAGCCUAGCGUGCCCCAGACAGCCCCAGCUCUGCUGGGACCCAAACUCAAGCUGGCCAGUGGAACCUGAAGCCUGGAGCCCCUCACUUCUGGUUGCUCCCUCUUUCCUUCCUUCAUUAGAUUUCUUUGUUGGAAGAAAUAAACUCACAAAUCAUGAUGCAGUAAUUUUCCAAGGAAAGUAAGACGUCAUAAAUGCACACACCCUUCUUCCAAAGCCUUUGUCUCAGACUUCUUUUAAGUUUUAAGAUUAAACACCACUUGGGUUUUUGUUUUCCCUGAA